AUGUGUCAGACUUUUCGAGUACUGUCCUUCACUGCAACACAACUACCUGGUCCUGCACAUCAUUGUAGACAGGGAUCUCCCACAGCUAUUCUUAAAUACACUGGAAUCCAGGACGUGCUGUACCUCAAUGCCAUGCAUGGGUGUGGUGACCUCAUCUUUUCCUCCCACAUGACAUUCAUCCUCACUGUUGUCAUCACGUACUCCAGAUAUGGAACCAAUCUCUUCUUCAAGCACCUGUCAUGGUUAUUGUCUGGAGUUAUGUCGGUCUUGAUAAUCGCUUCACGCAAGCACUACACAGUGGACGUUGUCAUUGCAUGGUACGUUGUACCUCUGGUCUACUACUUUGUUGAGCACAAGCUGGAGGACAACGUUGGCCCAAGAGACCUGCUUGAGCAUAGCCUUUGUGACAAGAUCCUACCACUCCACUCCUCGCCCUUCCACUUGUCAUCGCAACUGGAAACCUCUUUCGAAGCUCAGGCAUCCAAUCACCAUGCUUAUACACUUGAUCAAAACCUUUUGAUCCGAUUUUUUCAUGGCCUAAAGUACGUUUGGAGAAGAUUGCAAGCCGCUUUUGUCAGAGUAUGCACUGGCUCGCCUGAUGAG